ACCAGUGGCAAAGUACUGGAGUCAGUGUGUGUAUGUAUCUGUUCGCGGUGUGUCCAUCAAGCUUUCAUCACGGGCUACAGUGUUUUAUGAUACUUUUUUUUGGUUACUUGUUUACUUAUCACCGUGUGUCACCACCGUUCGUUACUAUUAUUAACAUAAAUAAACAAAAGUGAAGUUGUGGGUUUGUGUAUAUAGGUAUUUUUUUUUGAGGGUGUAUAAAGUGAGGUUAUAAGCGUAGAUAACUUAAGCUCAGCACAAUAGUUGCGUAACAUGAACGUGAAUUUGUUAUAUUCUGUCUGCUUUAUAAAUAGUUAUUGGUAUAUGAGGCUGGCCUGUUAAAAAAAAACAUUAUAUGGUACUGGAGAUCAUAGAGUGGUAUUAAUAGUGAUACUGAAAUUCGUGAAAUGUAUUAAUUAGGCACGUAACACAUAAAAUGUAGUAAGAUUAUAGAAGAAUUUUCUUCCUGCCAGUUAAAUGUUCCGCGCAGUGUGGAAGGUUAAUUAAUUUGAACUGGAACCAAAUCAGAUUAUACAUGAUAUUUUUACAGUUGAUUGAUAGAAAUUAAAUUGAAAUAUCAUCAAAAGAUUUUCUCAUGCAGUAGGCGGCCAGUUAAUUGUGACAUUUAAGCCUAAUUAUUAAUUAUUUGUUAAUGACCAACUUGUGACUCAUAGUAUGUAUUGAAGCGUGUUCUAAAGUGAAAUAUAAGUUCUUUGGUUCGCCAAUGACUAUGAGUUGCCCUGAGGUGGUGUAUCAGGCUUACUAUCCUUACCUGUAUCAGCGCCCAAGUACGUCGGCCUCUGCCGUUGCCAGGACAACUCCAUUUCCACCUUUCUCACAUCAGUAUGAUCGGUUCAAUGUCCAGAGGUCGCUGGAGCACCAACAGCAGCCGUCAUCAUCUGCCUCAUCCCUGCCACCCAGCAUCGACGUGUACCAUGCUCACCAUUCGUCUCACCAUAGCAGCGCCGGUUCAGUCAGUUCUGGCGGUGGAGGAGUCGGUAGCCCGGGCUCGCCACCGGUGUCUGUGUUGCGUCACAAGGAGGAGGACGCAGCAGCGGGGGGAAGCUCAGGGGAAGGGGGUCCACCGGGCCUCGAGGAAGACGAAGACGAUGAUGAAGAAACGGGAGGCACGACGGGCCCCGGGAGCAGGGCGCAGUACGUGUCUGCCAACUGCGUCGUGUUCACACAUUAUUCAGGAGACGUCGCGUCAGUGGUCGACGAACAUUUCUCCAGGGCGCUGAGUUACGCGGAAAACAAGAGCAAUUCCUCGACGUCUACGCAGGUCAAAGAAACGUCUCCCAUGUCUGCGCGCAACUUCCCACCUUCCUUCUGGAACAGCAACUACCAGGCGAGUCCUGCCGCUGUGACGUCACACCACUCAGCGGCCGCUGAAUUGUACGGUGACCCGUACCACCCUCACAGUGCAGCGACUGCAGCUUCCGACCCCUGGCAUUCCCACUACCAGCAGUACAGUGCGGCCGCUGCUCACCAUCACCACAGAGCUGUCCAUGAGUAUCACCACCAUCACAAUAUGGCGGCGCAAUAUGGCGGUCUCCUGUUGCCACCCACUACGAGACUGCCACCACACGUGACCGCGUCUCAUCAGUAUAGUAAGGGCGCCGUACCCGAGCCCUGGGGAGCUGCGAGCCACAGCGCCGCCGCCGCCGCGGCACGACUCCACCACGACCAAGCCUCUGCGCAUCACUCACACGCACACACCCUCGAUUCGGCGGGAUAUUCGGCCUACCCCACUAUGGCCGUGACACCGAAACUGUUAUCCGUGAAUUGGCAGCGUCGGAGACCUGAAUCUGCAGGUCUGGAGGCCCAGGUCCAGGAGUCUUCAAAAGACCUCUACUGGUUUUAAUUAUAAUUCGUUGACGUGGUUUUAUUAUUUUUCCCUUUUUGUUGUAACUUACGAUUCGUGGAGAAACGGGCAUCACUAACAUCUGAUCUGUUCUGCGAGCCCUGAAGGAUCCCGGAAGAUGUUUUUUUGUUAAUUCCAUAACUGUAGCAACAAAAAUGAAAAGUAGUUCACUUUAUGAAUAAAAAUGGACAGGACUUGAAGGACAUAUUAUCCUUCCUUGGAGUUUUUAUGGAGUUGGUGAUGGUUUAUCGACAGAGUUGAACUUUGUAUUACCAUUACUAAGCAUGGGCGCCCCCAAGUUUUAUUCAAAGUGGGGCAGUCACUUUUCCAAUGGUGGUGAGCCAGAAAGCUUGAUUUUAAGCAGUUUAAAAAGUAUUGUACCGAUCUCCUUCCUCACGCCCAACCACCAAAAUGGAGUACCAGGGACUACAUUUCGUCUGGCCCCUACCCUUUGAUCUGUCUGGCACGGGUGACCCUACCAGAAGCUUACGCUCCCGCCAGCAUAGCUCUGAGUCAUUGGGAGUGCGCACACCGCCUCUCCAUGAUAAGGCUAUAGUCCUCGAGGCGUUUACUGAGCAGCUUAGGAUUUUCGGAUACAUAUUUUUAAAUAUUUUAUAAAUUUCUUUCAUCUUUUAUAUUUCCAUAAAGCCAUGUGAGGUAGAUGACUGGCUUGCCUCCCCCACUGUCGACGCCCAUGUUACUAAGACUACGUUAUUUCCUCUGUAUGAAAACUAUAGUCUAUUUCACACUGUAACACUAGGAAGACAAGUAUGAGGUGAAAGUAUGGAUGGGACAUAAGAGCAUUCAGUAGUCUGCAAGCUUCACUGUAAUAUCCAGCCUAGCCGUGCCAUAGCUCAAGCGGUUAGUCGCUGCAGACCGGGCUCGAUCCCAGGUCAGGUCGAGUGGGAUUUGUAGUGACCAAAGUGGCGUUGGGGCAGGUUGCGUUGCUAUUGAACGGACGCGAGAGAUCAUUGAAGUGAGUCUGUAUUAUUUUCAUCGAAGAUUUCUGACUCGAAUACCACAGAUCACUUCAAAAUGCAUCAAAAUAAACAUGUUUCUCAAAUAUUAUUCUUAAUCUCAAUUGUAAUUUCAACUCGUAUUUGUCUCCUGAGAUGUUCUUGAAAGGAAAUUUCCCUGCAUUAAAAUGACUGCUGGCACAUUUAUUGUCAAGUUGUACAAAUAUUAUAAUUAUUAUUAUCAUUAUUAUUAUUAUUACUAAUAUAUAUAUGUUAUAACAUUUUAAUUUAUGUACAUAGAAACGAAUUUGUUAUAUAUUGGCAUCAAGAACUGUGUUUUGUGAGUGAAUAAUACAAAAUACCUGUGCAAUCAUACCAUAAUAUGAAGAAAAGUGCUGUGUUACGAGUUAUUUAAAGAAAGUACUUCAAGUUUUUGAAAUAGUUACUUUUAAAAGACUACAAGGAAAAUUCUCAUUUAGAAGUAUGAUGUCUUCAAGAACAUUUAUUGUAUAUAUAUAAACCGACAUCAAACCGUCGUGUAAAUCUUUCUUUUUUCCUCUGUUUUAAAUUUAAUUUUAACUCGAAGCAGAACGAAUUGUCAUUUCCUUGUUUCCUUGGAACAUUGCAAUUGUAGAGCGUCUCUGUGUCAAGGUUAUGUAGCCCAGCGUAAGCCGAUGUGCUCCACGGUUUCUUAUUCAGAUGUGUGUCUGGUAUUCGUAAACCGGUU